CACUUCUGGAGCUAAUAGCAAAGAAUGGAUUCGCACCUAGACAAGGUGGUCACUCAGACUUCAACGGGAACUCAGGGCCUCGGCAGCGGCAGAACACCAGCGAGAAUACCAGACCAGAAGAAAAGCCCUCGGACACAUCAAAACCCUACACAGCAGAUCAGCUGGAUGCUGUGAGGAGGAUAAAACAAUGCAAAGACUUCUAUGAAAUUCUCGGGGUCCAGGCAGACGCCUCUGAGGAUGAACUGAAAAGAUCUUACAGAAAACUUGCUUUGAAGUUCCAUCCAGAUAAGAAUCAUGCUCCAGGUGCUACUGAGGCGUUUAAAGCCAUUGGGAAUGCAUAUGCUGUUCUGAGCAAUGCCAACAAAAGAACACAGUACGACCAGUGCAGCGAAGAGAGGAAGGAUCCUUCGGGACAUGGCCAUGAAAAUGAAAACUUCGAGCCAGAUAUUUCACCUGAAGACCUCUUCAAUAUGUUCUUUGGUGGAGGAUACCCGACAAGUAAUGCUAAUGUGUAUCCAAAUGGCCGGAUGCGUUAUCCAAGGCGAGAGAGGAGAGAGCGGCAGCGAGAUGGAGGCCUCGCUCUCUUCGUGCAGGUCAUGCCCAUCCUCAUCCUGGUUAUUGUGUCGGCUCUCAGUCAGAUCAUGGUCAACAGCCCCCCCUAUAGCCUCAGCUUCAGACCGUCAGCAGGUUACACGCAGAAGAGGUUAACUGAGAACCUGAAGGUGCCAUAUUAUGUGGGGGAGCAGGUCUCCAAAGAGUUGACUGGAGGGAAUCUGAAGACUUUGGAGCGGACGGUGGAGGAUGAUUAUAUUUCCAAUUUGCGCAACAAUUGCUGGAAGGAGAAACAACAAAAGGAGGGCAUGCUUUAUAGAGCUCGCUAUUUUGGAGACACUGAUCUGUAUCAAAGAGCUCAGAGGGCUCGCACACCGAGCUGCGCCAAGCUGUCCGAGAUCACAGCUUCAUUACAUGGAUGAGGCUUUCAGGACUAAAAGUCUCCAGUAUCCACACAAAAGAAAAAUCGGCUGUAAAUAGAUGAGCUUUAAUAACUGGAAAAUGAAGAUGACUCAACAAGCAACAUGAACAAACCAGCACCAAUCUGCAUCAAAUUGACCACAUGGACUGGUUGAAACCAUUUCUGUGGAAACUAAGUCUGUGAAAUAGAAAUACAACGUUUAAAAGUGCUUAAAAAGACAAGAAAAAAAAAAAAAAGCCACUUAAAAUAGCUUGAAAGGGUAUGGACAACAUCCAAGCCCAAGUUCUGACAGAGCCAUGAUGAAGCAGGCCGAGGCCUCUUCAUAAUUUUUGUGCAAAUGCAGUAAGAAACCAGAACGUAGUUGUAGUCGUACGGAUGUUAUUUAUGUAGCAGCUGAUUAGAUACCACAGUGAAUGCUUCCUCUUUUUUUUUCAUGCAGUCAGAUCAGCAGGGGAGACAAGUUUUGGGUGAGAUUUUCUGUUUUUGCUUAAAAUGCACAUUCUGAAACUAUGCAGGAAUAAUGUGAAACCUCUGAUGAAUAUACACUCAUGUCUAGGUUUGUCAGACACUUGAACACCUUAUUUGUCUUCUGCUGCUGUGUGUGUGUGCGUGUGAGAGACAAUAUGUAGAAAAUGUCCCUUUUACACUUUGCCUCUUGUAACUGUAUUAAGGGUAAGAUCGCAUAGUGUAUAUUUAUGGCAUUUCACAAUAGACGCUUAAAGAAGAAAAGACAUAGUCACCCACAAAGAGGGGUGUUUCAGUUUUGCGGCUAAAUGUCUCUGAUGAAUGACUGAUGGAAUAAGUUGUUUUUUUGUCACACUGUUUAUGUUUAUAGUAUGCUAUUUAUUUCAAAUAGUAUUUAUUUAACAAAUGUAUUAUCAAUCUAAGAUAAAAAAACAAACAAACCUUGCUCACUUUUUCCACCCCGUUUUUACUCCCAGAUGAAAAUAAAAUAUGGAUGCUUAAACGU